AAGUUGGAGAGAGGAGAGGCGGGUUCCUAAGCCCGGGAGGGGAAGGAGGGUCCUGGAGGGCUGCCGAGUCUCUUUGCAGGAGGAGGCAGAGGAGGGGGGCUGCCUCUGUCUCUCUGCCUGCCUGCGCUGGAGCAGCAGCCCUUGCCAGCCGGCAGCGUGGAAGUUAGAGCCUCUGUUUCUCUCCCCCCACCACCACCCGCCUCGGCCCACCGCAUGUCAAGCCUGCAGCGACCCCCGGCUGCUUCGGCCCAGGCCCCACCGGUUUCAUUAAGCGUGGAGCAGGCCAAAGUGGUUUUGGCGGAAGUGAUCAAGGCAUUUGGAUCUCCGGAAAAUGCUCAGCGCCUGGAGGAAGCCAGGGACAAUGCCUGCAAUGACAUGGGGAAGAUGCUUCAGUUCCUGCUUCCUGUGGCUACCCAGAUACAACAGGAUGUGAUCAAACCUUAUGGUUUCAGUAACGAUGGGGAAGGAGUCCUAAAGUUUGCCAGAUUGAUAAAAUCAUACGAGUCGCAGGAUCCUGAAAUUGCAAGCAUGUCUGGGAAGCUGAAGUCUAUGUUUCUGCCUCCAAUGACUCUACCUCCCCAUGGAGCUGGGACAGGAGGCGCGGUUGCCACAUCAUGAAGCGGGCUGCCUGUAGUGGGAUCUGUAUUAUUUUUAUGCUUCCACAUCAGUCUUAACUUGGCUGAAACUUGGGCAUUGUUUUCUUUCGUUAUCAUGGAAGAGGUGUUUUGACUUUUUCUAUAGUCCUUAAUAUUUUUGUGCUUAUGAAUAAAAACUUGUAAAUAUGUCCCAUCAUAUUUCUGACU